GGCCGACCUGUGUAGACUCUGUUUGCAUAUUGUCAGCUGAUGCCGGUGCAGAGCGUGGCGACGUCAGACGCAGUCUUGAUGAGAUCUGUGCAAGUCGGGGUCUGUGGAGGCUGCUGCAGACCGAAACGGUGCACAGAAAGGAACCGGAUCACCGAUUCAGGGGCAGGGCGGCUGUUUCAGCAAAUAAAUAUUCACUUCUAAAGGAUUCGUUGAACAUUUGGCUCUGGAAGAGAAAGCAGAAUGGACAACCACAAAAGGACGGUUGUUGUGACAGGGUUUGGUCCAUUUGGAGAACACUCAAUCAACGCCAGCUGGGUUGCAGUUCAGGAGCUGAAAAAGUUGGGCCUUGGCAACGAGGUGGAGCUGCAUGUGUACGAGGUUCCUGUGGAGUACCAGACUGUCCAAACUCUAGUGCCUUCACUGUGGAAGCAGUACCACCCGCAGCUGGUGGUCCAUGUUGGACUUUCUGGAAUGGCAACAACAGUGACCCUGGAAAAGUGUGGCCAUAACCACGGCUACAAGGGGCUAGACAACUGCAGCUUCUGUCCAGGCUCUCAGUGCUGUGUGGAGGGAGGUCCUGACUGCAUAGACUCUGUCAUUGACAUGGACUCCGUCUGUAAAAGAGUCGCUGCUUCAGGACUGGGGGUUGCAGUCUCUGUAUCGAAGGACGCUGGCAGAUACCUGUGCGAUUUCACCUACUACACCUCCCUGUACCUGAGCCACGGCCGCUCCGCGUUCAUCCACGUGCCCCCGCUGGGCAAGCCCUACACUGGGGAGGACCUGGGCCGGGCACUGCAGGCCAUUGUGCGAGAGAUGCUGGACAUCCAAGAGCAGAGUGAGGCGAAAAUCAACUGUCAGCAUGCACACUGAAGACCCCGGAGACAGAGAGAGAGAGAGGGCUAGAGAAACCUCGUGGAACAUUGCACUUAGGGAAAAAUAAAAAGAUCAUGCCUCAACAAUAAUAAAAACCCAAAUAUGAAAGAAGCUUGUGAGAGCGGGUCGGGACAUGAACUCGUUUGACAGGGGAUCUGCUCAAAUACUCCACGCAGACGACGUGCUGUCAUGUGACCUUCCUCCUCUCUGCCAAGAUUCCAAGUCCAGCAAUCUAGAUCCAGCCACUUUCACCUACUCAGAACCUCAACUGGUGCUAGUUUAUGCUCUAAACUGCUUGUACAUUAAGAAGUCUAGGCACAAGAAUCCAAGUUCUGGUCAAGAUUUAUACCAGCUAGCCUAAUUGGUCACUUGUGCCCCCUGGUCAUAACUUUUGUACAGGAUCCUACAAACGUGCAUUAGUAUACAACAAAGGAUGAUCAAGAUACCUUAGAAGUAAAAUAUGAAAUAGGUUAAUUGUUUUUUAUAUAUAAUCUAUCUUUUAGUUUUGUGAUCUAGUAUUCUAUGAAGACAGUCUUUUUAAUAUUUUCAAAUUGUAUACAAAUAUAUAUACAAUUACUACUUUGUUUUGUAUACCUCCCUAUAAUUAUAACAAAAAACUUUGCUUGAGUUUGCUUGAGUUUUAAAUACUCCAUUUCAAACAAGUGUAUUUUUUUUAGAGAGCUCUAAUCCAGAUUACAGUACAUUUGCCAGUUGAAGUGAACCAAGUUUUUACUACAAAACCGUUUCAAUUAAAUUACGUGGUUCAAAACUAAUUUGCGUAGCAGUAAACAGAAAAAAACAAUUCCUGUGAUUUCUAUUGUUCUAACAUGUCAUAUCUGUGAUCCUGUGUGUUGAAACAGUAGCACUUGUUCAUUAAGAACACAUGUUUUAAUAGAUUAUUCCCCUUGUCACCUUUUUCCUUAAGCAGAACCGUAUGGCCUUCAGCUAGGGAUAUCUUUAAACUAUUGCACUUGCAGUAGUACUGUGAAUCGGUCCUAUUAGGUAGAUAACGGUAAGGUAGACUCUUGAUAGUUUUGGCUCUUUUCUAAUUCCAUGAUUUUUGUUUCCAUUAAAUUCUAAUGUGAAUUAUUCUUAUUACAUUUCCAGUAUAUUAUUCUCAUUCUAUUUCUAGUGGUGUGGUUUAUAGAUGGUAUUUGUAGGAUCGUUUUUGAAAUGUGAUCUGUAUUGUAACCACAUUUUAUUGUUGUUUUUGGUUGGUAGAGAUGUGUAGUCUCCCAAACUUUCCAUUUCCACACUGAGCUUAAUCCAAAUGGCAUCCAUUAUUUUAAGUGCACUACAGUAAAUUCAAAAACUUGUUUCAUCAGUCUAUGAAACCCCUUGUUCCGAUGUCACACUUGGGCUGCUGUCGGUCCUGCUUCUAGUCUACAGUCCAGUCUGCAAACGGACACAAACGUAAAAUGUUACCUCCGAGUUCAUACAUUUUCAUCUCUUUCCAAUGCCUCCGGGACCUGAUAUACAAGUACAAAUAAAAAGAUUUGAGCUUGGACUCUAUCAGAUGGAAGCAUGGCUGUAGUCAGGUUCCCAAACUCGUGCUUUCAUCAGUGUUGGUCUGAAUGGCACUUGUAUAUUUUCAGUACAUCAGUGUUGUCAUAAAACUUGCUUGCUUGUCAGAAUGGACAGGUUAAGCAGCUUGACCGAGAGAUCCCAUUCGUUCUGCUCAAUUUAACUGCAAGUAGGAUCAACAGAACGGUAACUGUCCUAAAGGGAAUCAUGUACAGCUAUUUCAUGGAUGGGUUAGUGCUUCAUAGCAUUAUCACUGGGUCUGCUUUCAGUGCUAAAAAUCGGUUGGUUCUUCUGGCUUUUUAGCAGGAUAUGCAUUGUGCUGUGGGUCACAUGACUCUGAUUGCAAUUAGACCAUUGGAGUAGAUCUGACCUGCAUCGGAGGAAGUGGUUAGGUACCGGGGAAGCAGCAACAGAUGUGCGUUUUUGCAUUAUUUUAAUGUUGAGGUAUUUUGCCUAUUGAUUCUGAAAUAUUUUUUCUUGAUGCAUAGUGCCACCUGCUGGGUCGAUAUUGUAUGUUUUUUUGUUUUUUUUUAAAGGGGAAAUGAUGUUUCCCUUAAACUCUGGGAAAAGGCACCGGAUGCAGCAGCUUCUAUAGCGUUAUAUUUUAAAUAUGUCCAGAACAAACAUAAACAAGUGAAGAACCAAAUGAUUAUUGGCACAAUAAAACCGGUACCAAGAAUUAUAGUAAUAAAACAACUAAGUGUUCAUGUCAUCUGUUUGCCAUUAGCGUUGUUUAUCCCUUAUUCGAAGCGACUGGAGUCCCAUGUUUCUUCCACAUUACCAGUUUAAAACCAUUGGACACGGUGAGCAUUAGGAAGCCUGCCCGUCUCUUCUGAUUAUAGAGGUGGUGUUGGUGUAUGAAAUCAGUCUGCAAACUUGGAGUAACAGUACUGUAGUGUGUCACAGCUGCUCCAGACCGCUGGCGGCACUGAUUUUGACACAGACGUGGCGUAAGGUGGCAUUACUCUACUUAGGCUUGUUUAAGCUGUUUUGUUUACAUCAAUAAGGAUGUAAAGUCCUUAAAAAAAAAAAAAAAAAAAAUAAUAAUAAUAAUAAAAAAAAUACAAGUUCCACAGGACGUUGUUGCCUCUGUGUCCCCUUUGUGUAGCCAACCCAGUGAAUCAUGAAAGCGUGCUCUGAACUGAGCAUUGGAAAGCAGUAUCUGCAGGGUGACAGUCCUGUUGUAUUUCAGUGCCACUUUGGUUCUGUGUGCAGUUCUUGCAGUGUGUAUUGAAAGUAGUGGUGGUGAUGUACAGCACUAUAUUGCGUGAAAACAUAAGCCAGUAAAUUUGGUAUUUGUCAAUCAUUUGAGGACCUAUCUAGUGUACUGCAUGGAGAUCCAUCACAGUAUACAGAACUAUCUAGUGUACUGCAUGGAGAUCCAUCACAGUAUACAGAACUAUCUAGUGUACUGCACGGAGAUCCAUCACAGUAUACAGAACUAUCUAGUGUACUGCAUGAAGAUCCAUCACAGUAUACAGAACUAUCUAGUGUACUGCACGGAGAUCCAUCACAGUAUACAGAACUAUCUAGUGUACUGCAUGGAGAUCCAUCACAGUAUACAGAACUAUCUAGUGUACUGCAUGGAGAUCCAUCACAGUAUACAGAACUAUCUAGUGUACUGCACGGAGAUCCAUCACAGUAUACAGAACUAUCUAGUGUACUGCAUGGAGAUCCAUCACAGUAUACAGAACUAUCUAGUGUACUGCAUGGAGAUCCAUCACAGUAUACAGAACUAUCUAGUGUACUGCACGGAGAUCCAUCACAGUAUACAGAACUAUCUAGUGUACUGCAUGGAGAUCCAUCACAGUAUACAGAACUAUCUAGUGUACUGCAUGGAGAUCCAUCACAGUAUACAGAACUAUCUAGUGUACUGCAUGCAGAUCCAUCCCAGUAUACAGAACUAUCUAGUGUACUGCACGGAGAUCCAUCACAGUAUACAGAACUAUCUAGUGUACUGCAUGGAGAUUCGUCACAGUAUACAGAACUAUCUAGUGUACUGCAUGGAGAUCCAUCACAGUAUACAGAACUAUCUAGUGUACUGCACGGAGAUCCAUCACAGUAUACAGAACAGUAUUCAGUAUAGAAAGACUAGACCCUGUCAGAUCGGUGGUUUGUUUUGUGCUUCAUCCUGAACUACAAAACCCUUGAUUAAUGGUAAAUUUUAGAAAUCCUAAAAAGUCUUUCUCAAUGAAGAAAUGAAGUUUCUUUAAGUAUUUCUAAACUGAGCAUAAUCAGUAACACACUUACAAAUGCCAUAGAACCGUCUUGUAUUUGACACUGCAUACUUCUCAUUCAAAAUACUUCACUCUAACUGUUGUGUUUUGUUUUCUCUCCCUCUCUGACGGGCUGAACUGUAAUACAGACGUGUUGGUCUCUGUUUGCAGUAGUAUUUUAAAUCCCUAGUGUGGAGCGUUCCUGUCGUUGCGAUGGAGUGCUUCGGAUUGUCGUUCAGUUCAGGUUUGUGGGAGUCUACUCUGUUUAAUACAGUCUCAUUGUAUAAAGCAGCUUGACAUGUAGGGGCCCAGAUUCUUUACAGCUGUGAGCUCUCUGUGUUAUUGUCUAUCUGCAGUGCCUUUUAAACCACAUUGUUAACUGGAGUGUUGUAAAGGGCUCUGUCUUGCUAGUAAAUAAUAAUUAUUAUUACUACUGCUGGCUUGUACGAAAUAUAAUGACAGUUUUGAGUGACACUGUUUAAGCUCAAUAUAUUUUCGAAUACCUACCUCUCUUAUAUUGUUCCCCUCCUUUUGAAAUGUAAUUUUCUGAUUUCGGGGUUGUACCGUAUUUAAAUAUGGCACCUAGCUUUAUAUUGGGUUCCACUGUAAAGGAAAUGUAUUUUCCAGCAAAAUUUGUUAUCAGACUUUUCAGCUGAACCUCUUAGUCUUUGUAACUUUGUAAGUGACAUUGAAAUUAAAAUUGGGAUAAAAAAAGGGUUAACGCACCUUUUUUUUAAUUGAAAAUAUUCAUGUUUAAAAAAUUAAAUAAACAAUUGAAAAUCUU